AUUUACCAGCCCCUAUGCACACAACAAGAUGAUUGACCUAAGCUUUCUAACAGAGGAGGAACAAGAGGCGAUAAUGAAGGUGCUGCAACGGGAUGCAGAACUUAAAAGAGCUGAAGAAGAGAGAGUCAGGCAUUUACGAGAAAAAGUCAAAGAUGAUGUUCAGCUAAAGAAUAUGAGUGGGCAGUGGUUUUAUGAAGCAAAGGCAAAGAGGCACAGAGAUAAGAUACACGGAGCAGACAUUAUUAGGGCUUCCAUGCGCCGGAAGCCUGCCACUGUUGCUGAAGUGAGUCAGAACAAAAUGAGCAAACCAAAGACCAGCUGGGUGAGCAAUGUUAAUAAAGAAGUCUUUGUGCCACCAGAUUUACAUGGCAUUGUGGAACAUCAAGAAGAACAACAACUGAAAAUUAGUUCAAGUUCUAAACCAAUAACCUCCAUGUUAGACAACCCAGAGGAAAGGCCUAUGAAGGCACCAGUCUCAUCAGUAAGGCAAAGAAGAAAUCCAUUUAAUUCCACUGCAUCAGGUGAUGACGUGAACCUUGGGGAAUCAGAAAACAGACCAGCCAUUGUACCUCAGCUAUCAGAGAAGGAAAUUUUCUCAUUCUCAGAAGAGAGCCCACCUAAAUCAAACUUACGAAAUGAUGAAACAAAGGAACAUAAGAAGCCUUCUGUAGAACUUACUGAUGAAUCACAAAAGGGAUUAGUUAAGCGUCCUGUCCCAAAAGCUAGAAAAUUAAUUCAUAAAGCAACAGACUCUGUAUCACAAAGAGAAGACUUUGCUCCAAAACCAACCAAACAGUCUGAGAGGAUUAAUGGUGCUGGUACCCCUCCCAGGGGCAUUCUAAAGCGCAGUUCAAGUUCAAGUUCCACUGACUCAGAAGUUCGUGUUAGUCAUAUGUUAGACGUUCAGAAGAAGAAUGGUCUUUCUACUGCAACUAUUUUUGAAGGAGAUUCUGAGAAGAGCUCUCUUGUGGACGAAGCAGAGGAUUGCACACAAAUUUCAAUGGAAAAACUAAAACAAGUGAGGUUUUCAUCUAGCACAAGUAAAGAAAGGCUUCUGCAAAGCCCACAGCUACACCAUGGUAAAGAAAGAGGAGAGCUUGAUUUGUUAGAAUCGGACAAAAAAAAGAUCAGUGGAAAUUAUGCUAUCCCAUCAGAUUCAUUUGGGGAUGAGCAAAUUUCUGCUGUGAAGCCUUCAGAAACCUAUUCAUCAGCUUUACAAAUGAAAACAAUAGAUGGUUUACAAGAACAUACAUCUGCAUCCGGCCCUUGUGACACUAGUAAUAGGUCAGUCUUCCCGGUUAAUGAAAACUUGCAGACAAAGACAGUUUUUCCUAAGAAACUUGAAACUCCACAGAAGACUUCCAGCAAUAUGCUGCCAAAUAGCAAUAAUGAACUGAGUGUUGAUGAGGCAUAUGAAAAUAAAUCCAACCAGAUCUUGAGCCAUGAAUCAAAGUCACACAAAAACUUCACUGAUGAACAUCAACCUUCUGUUAAGACAGAAGCACGUGAGGUGUCAAACACCAAUUCUACAAGUCUUCAACAAGGUAAGCCUGAUCUUGUUGAGGAGAGAGAUGCUAAAACUACUUUCAAGCCUGACAAACAUGCUGAUGAACUCGUGAAAGUGGCUGAUGAAUCUGUAUCAAAAGUUUUAGACUGGUUUAAACGAAGUUCUGAUACUGAAGAUGGGGAACAUGCAUCAACUAGAUCCCAAGGCAGGGAGUCCAAAGAGGAAGUGGACUUUUCAACCAGAACAGCAGUUCCUCCUAGAGAACAUAGUGGGCCUAGCAUGCAUGGAAAAACAGGAGUUACAGAAGAGUUACCAUUUGGAAAGAUUAAACAACAGAACAGUGUUUCAUCUACAUCAUUUACUUCAGAAGAUGCACAGCUGAUAAAGGAGAGUGUGAAUCCUAAGAAAGGGGAAGUGAAUAAGGAGCAAAAUGGCAAAUUGCUAACUAAAUUUGAUUGUACAGGAGCUGAAGAAAAAGAAUGUGGUCAAAAAUAUGAAUCAGAGAAGGCAAUACAAGAAAAAAGAAGAAUAAGGGAGAUCAGAGCAUUCUGGGAAGGGGAUAAAACUAUACUCAAUCAUGGAGAGAAAGAAGUUAGUAUCGAUAGUAGCGCGUCAGGUGGCCGUGCAUUGAAAGGUCUUGGAGAAAGUGCCAAAAUGGAACCAACUGCAGUAUACCCACCUAAUAGAUUGCGUGAUCAGAGCAAGAAUACAUUAAGUCCUCAGUUGAGUUGUUUGAGCCAGGAUUCAAGAAACAAACAUCAGCACUCUUUGGAGUUUAGACCACGCCAUGCAGUUAAAAAGCCAAAAGGAACACUUCCAUUUGAUGAAGUCCAUGAAUAUACAGAAUUGCCAAAAGCCAGUAACUUGCAGUCCAGAGUUGGUGUCACUUCAGCCUCCCCAAAAAGCAAAGAUGAGAAAGAAACACUUAAAGGAAAAGUUGCUGCUUGUUCCCAACAGAAGCCCAGCUUUCAAGUUUUUUCUUUAAAAGAAAAAAUGGAUGAAAAGUCCAAGAAUCAAAUUUCAGAUCCUUCACGGUUUCAGAGUUUGAGAAACUUCUGGGAUACUGGAGUUAAAUUCCAGAGUAGAAUUGACAGGGAAGAUGUUUCUUUGCCAAAUAAUAAUAGUUCAAUAAUAUAUGAAAGUAAAUCAAAGGAAGACAAAGGUAGAGAUAAUGUGAGCAAGCAAGAGUUAAUUCAACAACAAACCCAAACAUCUGAGAGAGAAAAACCACAGAAACAAGAUUCUCUGGUAUGCAAAAAGUCUCUAGGAUCUCCUACACUGGAAAGUCUGAAUGUGACACACACACAAAAUACAGACUCUGUCCAGCCGAACAGAAAACCAGUUACCUCAAAAUCCCAGGAAAAGAUGAGUCUUCCGGAGCAAACAGUUAAAGAAUGUAUAGGAGAAAGUAUUGUUUCAUCAAAAUAUCAUCAUGUUUCCUUGCAGUUGCUCCAGUCACCCGGUGAUAAAAAUGCUUUGAAGGAGACAGCAGCAGGUGAUAGGCUAUGUUUACCCACAGAAAAAGUGGAGAACAAGACUAGUCCAUUGGAUAUCAGUCUCCCUAAGGAGGAAGUUGCAGAGACUGUGGAGAAAGUUGUUCAACCUAAAGGUGAGCUUGACGUAUUUAAAUCAGUUCUAAAGAAGCUAGAAAAGGAAGCCUCUGAGAUGUCAUGUAGCUUAAACUUAAAAGAAAAUGUUUUGAAAGGGACAACUUUUCAGUCAAAUCAGUGCAAGGUCUUUGAGAGAACAGUAGAAGAGAUCCAUGAUAUUUCUCCUGCUGAUCAAGAAGAAGAAAUGGGCAAAAAUACAGGAAAAGUGAAUAUGCCAUCAACAGAUGAGCAUGAGAACAAAAAAAGCCUCAGAAAACUAUUUAGGGAAUUUGAACCUUUGCGUUUACAGCAUCAGGCAGCAGACAAGGAUGAUACUCUUGAGGGCUCUGGUUUGCGGAACCUGCUCAGAGAAACCUUUGUAUCUCAGCCUCCUGAAUAUAGAGGGGUGGGAAUGAAAACGUACAAUGACAUGAAUAGCAUAUCAGAAACUAAUUGCAGCAUAGAAUCAACAUACCAAGAAGCUACUGGUCAGCCUGAAGAGGUCCAUGAGACAAUAGAGAAGUCUGUUGCCCCAUCCAAGGUCAGUGGCUUGAGUUCUGUCUUACAGAAGCUGCUGAAGGAAGCUGCUGAAACAUCACUUCCUAAACCAAAAUAUGCUGACAGCACAAUGUGGAGGACUGCUGAGGUGGAAGUUAAAAGCACAAUAUAUGACCAUGAUAGAGAGGUGCCACAGGAAAUCGCUGAGACCAUAGAAAAGUCUGUUGCCCCAUCCAGGAGCAGUGGCUUGAGUUCUGUCUUACAGAAGCUGCUGAAGGAGGCCUCUGAAGCACCACCUCCUAAACCAAAACGUGCUGACAGCAUAGUACAGAGCACUUCUGAGGUGGAAGUUAAAGGUAUGACUUAUGAGCAUGAUGGAGAGGUGCUGCAGGAAAUCAGUGAGAUGGUAGAAAAGUCUGUUGCCCCAUCCAAGGACAGUGACUUCAGUUCUGCUUUAGAGAAGCUGCAGAAGGAGGCCUCUGAAAUACCACCUCCUAAACCAAAACAUGCUGACAGCAUAGUACAGAGAACUGCUGAGGUGGAAACUCAGAGUGCAGCCUAUGAGCAUGAUGGAGAGGUGCUGCAGGAAGUCAGUGAGAUGGUAGAAAAGUCUGUUGCCCCAUCCAAGAACAGUGGCUUGAAUCUUGCUUUAGAGAAGCUGCAGAAGGAGGCCUCUGAAACACCACCUCCUAAAGCAAAACUUGCUAAUGGCAUAGUACAGAGAACUGCUGAGGUGGAAGCUAAGGGUAUGACCUAUAAGCAUGAUGAAGAGACCACAGAAAGAUCUGCACUGUCCAAGGCUGAAUAUAGAGUGUCUGAUGUUACUUUCCAGAAGCUACCAAAAGAGGUCUCCGAAACAACAGCUUCUGUGCCAGAAAAUAUGGAUAAGAAAAUGCAAGGUAAAAUACAGACUAAUCUAAGUAUGCAUGUUCCACAUCAACAAGAGAGAGAUCAUCCUCAAGAAAUACAAGAAACAGUAGAAAAAACUUCUGUUUCAAAUAUUGCAAAAUUCAGUGAAUUCAGUUGUUCUUUAGCAAAACUUGUUCAAAAAGCAUCUACAGUUCCAUGUCCAAUAUCCAAAGAGUUACAUAAGCAAGAAAAGUUUGGAGAUCCUGCAUUUCCCUCAGAAAAAGAGACUCUAUGCACAACUAUGUCGCAGCCAUAUAAUGUUCUAAGUACCUGUCAUACACAAAUAAAGUUAGCUGUCAAAGGGGAAGCUCUAGAACAAAAUGUCAAAGCUUCAGUAAAUGAUCUUGCAGUAAGUGAAAUGGAAGCUUUUGAUCUUAAAAGAAAUGAAAUUAUUAAUAAAAUAGAGGAGAGAAACAUGGUUCCAGUUGAUCUUACUCCUUUGGAAGGCAAGACAAAUAUGAUUGCAAUCAAGCCAUUUCAGAUAAAUGAAAAAGGAAGGAGAGACGAAAGCACAUCCUUAGAGGCCUCUGAAAAGAAUUCAGAAUUUCAAGCACUGUUGAAUUUCAGAAGAGCAAGCACACCACUUAAGGAUGAUAGCAAUUCCCCCCAGCCAAAAGAAGCUCUGCUCUACCUAAUGUCUCAGCAUGAGGAUAAUGAUGAAGAGGAAGGGGACAAUUUAAAUUUGGGAUCCAAGUUUUCAGAUGAAAACUCUGAUUCCCACUCUGGAACCAGAAGUUCAACUCGUUCUGAAGAAGAAUUAAACCCUGUUUUGAUGGCUUUGAAAAGGAGUGCAGAUAGGAAAAAGCCUUCCAAAAGUCUAGAGGACAUUCCAUCAGCCACCUCAAACAAAGAAAAAAUAAAUAAUCCAAAGGAAGAAUUAGCUCUUAGUGCUGAAGAUGGUCCGAAACCUGAUCAGCAUCCAGAGAGGACUGAAAAUGCAACAGGAAUUUCCACAGUGCCUUCACAGCCUGAUAAGCUGUUUUCCAACCCUGAAAAACUUAAAGGACUUAGCAAGUCGGUACCAUCAUUCCUACAGGAAGAGAGUGAUGACAGAGAGACAGAUACAGCAUCAGAAAGCAGUUAUUCCUUUGGCAGAAUCAAGAAGAGUCCCAGCUCUCUAACCAAUCUUAGCGGCUCUUCUGGCAUGGCCUCCUUAUCCUCUGUGAGUGGAAGUCUAAUGAGCAUCUACAGUGCAGACUUUGGCAACGUUGAUGUGAAGGGGAACAUUCAGUUUGCUAUUGAUUAUGUAGAACAGCUGAACGAGCUCCACAUUUUUAUUUGCCAGUGUAAAGACUUGGCAGUAGCAGAUGUUAAGCGACAGCGCUCAGACCCGUAUGUAAAGACCUACCUGCUUCCAGAGAAAUACAAGCUGGGCAAACGGAAGACUUCUGUCAAAAAGAAAACUUUUAAUCCAGUCUAUAAUGAAAUACUGCGGUAUAAAAUUGAGAAGGAUCUCCUAAAGGACCAAAGCCUUAAUAUCUCUGUCUGGCACAAUGAUACCUUUGGGAGGAACAGCUUCCUUGGUGAAGUGGAGUUGGAUUUAGGAACUUGGGACUGGAAUGAUCGAUCCAACAAGCAGAUCAACUGGUUUCCCCUCAAGCCAAGGAUUUCAACAAUGACUCUUAAUCUAGAAAACAGAGGGGAGAUGAAACUAGCACUCCAGUAUGUCCCACACCCCAUUGGAGGAAAGAAGACUCCAUCUACUGGUGAGGUCCACAUCUGGGUGAAGGAAUGCCAUAACCUUCCUCUUCUGAGAGGAAACAGGCUCAACUCUUUUAUUAAGUGUACCAUUCUUCCAGACACUAGCAGAAAAAGUCGCCAGAAAACAAGGACAGUUGCAAAAACUACAAACCCGGUAUUCAACCACACCAUGGUGUAUGAUGGCUUUAGACCAGAAGAUUUGAAAGAAGCCUGCGUAGAACUCACAGUCUGGGACCACAACAAACUAGCGAACCACUUUCUGGGAGGUCUCCGGAUAGGCCUUGGAACAGGCAAAAGCUAUGGAACUAGAGUAGACUGGAUGGAUUCCACUUCAGAUGAAACUGCCCUUUGGGAGAAGAUGAUGAACUCUCCAAACACCUGGAUAGAAGAUACACUACCUCUCAGGAUGCUUAUGGUUGCAAAAUUGACAAAAUAAGGUGGCUUUUUAAUUGCUAGUCAAAAGGAAACCUCGGGAAUGAAAUUGAAGGUGCAGGGGAUAAAACUUGGAAGAGGAACACAGUAGCAGCUUUGACAGUUUUUGCUCUGUUGCCGUUCUGGUUUUGUGAUGUCAUACGUCACUUCAUAUUUCAAAUUAAACAUUUGCCCACAGAACAUUAUGUAAAUUUGUAGUUGUACAUUUCUAGGAUAUGUAAGCUGCUUCUCCAGUGAAAGAAGCAUGGCAUGAAGUGGUACUGUUGAUGUCCCAUUCUACAAUGCGCAGAGGACUAAGUUCCAGUGUACUGUAAAAAAUCAGGGUUCUAAAAAGUUUGCUAUAUAUAUAUGUGUUAAUCAUCUUGCUAGUCUGCAAUUCUUACUCUUAAAUACUGAAGACAUAAAGAUGAUUUUUUUUUUCCUAGUGCUACUCAUAAAGAUCUAACUGUGCCAAUUUUAGUGAUGACAAGUAUGUUGAGUAUUUAUUCUUCAAAGUGUGCUUGUUUGUACCUGUAUCUAUUAGCUUGGUUUUUCACAAGAAGUAACUUACCUGUGCUUCAGUGCCACCAUUAGGGGACUGGUGGGACUAUAGUGGUCUUGGCUUAAAUAGUUUUGCAGCAUAAGAAAUAAGACUGGAAUUUGUAACUUGUAGAAAUGCAUGCUACUAAUAAAUAAAUGCAUGAAGUACUAGAUGUAUUACUUUUUAAAAUAAAAAGCAGCCUAUUAAGACUAAAUAGUAAUUCAAUGUUUAUUAAACCCCAGUGGUUUAUGUUAACCAUUCAGCUUG